AUGACCAUACCAUUAAUUUCAAUAAUCAAAUCAAGAGCUUAUUUGUAUCCUCUCAAGGGGUUGUACUAUUUUGUAACACAUCCCACCGUUUGGCCCUUUUACAUAACCAUAUUGAUACCUCAAUUGGUCCUUACACUAGUCAUUUACCUGAUUAUGUUUUCAUUGUUCUUCCCACCUCAAGCUAUUGUAUAUACAUUGUUAAUGGGACCAUUAGGGGUGAUUGGUGCGUGGUAUAGUUUGAUCCUGCAAGCGAGCACAUUGUCUAUAUUUGUUGUCACAAUAUCCUUAAUGCCUCACAUACAACGAGUGGCAUAUGAUGCAAUAUUGAGUAGAGAGUGUGCAAAUGAUGUGGUACUAAUGGGAAAACUUAGGAGGUAUAGAAAACUACCCAUUAGAGUAAGGGCCAGAGAAUACCUUAAGGCCAUUCCAGAUUUUUCGAUCUUUCCCUUCUCUUUGCUCAAGCUACUUGUGUUUUUCGGUAUUUACUUCAUACCCUUUGUAGGUCCAAUCAUUGUAUUGUUUUUCCAAUCUUCCAAGCGUGGACUAAAGGCACAUGCAAGAUACUUUAAGUUGAAAGGGUUUCUGCGUAGUGACAUAAGAACAAUCCACAAGCUAAACAGACCAGCAUAUAUGGGGUACGGAGUGGUUGCGCUUUGGCUCGAGCUGUUUCCAUUUAUCAAUAUGUUUUUUAUGUUCACCAAUACUUUGGGAGCUGCUUUGUGGGCAGUUGAUAUUGAACAACAAGAGAAGGCCGUCACAGAGAAUGUGGCCGCAGCUACUACCACCGCCACAGAUACGAAUAGCGUCAAUCAACAAGGUCUAGUUAUACCCGUACACAAUGAACCAGCAACUAAUAUACCUGAGGCUACCCCAAAAACUGCUACAAAUACCAUCUAA